UUGGCGUAAUCAGAUGCCCGAUAUGCCGCCAAGAAUGCAGACAGAUAGACCUGGUGGAUAACUACUUCGUAAAAGACACGUCAGAAACACCAAGCAGCUCUGAUGAGAAGUCAGAACAGGUGUGUACAAGCUGUGAAGAUAACGCUAGUGCUGUCGGGUUUUGUGUAGAGUGUGGGGAGUGGUUGUGCAAGACUUGCAUAGAAGCUCAUCAGCGAGUAAAAUUCACUAAAGAUCAUAUGAUCAGAAAGAAAGAGGAUGUGUCUUCAGAGGCCGUGGGAGCAUCUGGUCAACGUCCUGUUUUCUGUCCUGUCCACAAACAAGAGCAGUUAAAACUUUUCUGUGAAACCUGUGACAGGCUGACAUGCAGAGACUGUCAGUUACUGGAGCACAAAGAACACAGGUAUCAGUUUCUGGAAGAAGCUUUUCAGAACCAGAAGGGUGCAAUUGAGAACCUAUUGGCCAAACUUCUUGAGAAGAAGAAUUAUGUAAAUUUUGCAGCUGCUCAAGUUCAGAAUAGGAUAAAAGAAGUAAACGAAACUAACAAACGAGUAGAACAGGAAAUCAAAGUGGCUAUAUUCACCCUCAUCAAUGAGAUCAAUAAAAAGGGAAAAUCUCUCUUACAGCACCUUGAGAACGUAACAAAGGAGAGACAGAUGAAGUUAAUACAACAACAAAAUGACAUCACUGGGCUUUCGCGACAAGUGAAGCAUGUGAUGAACUUUACUAAUUGGGCUAUUGCAAGUGGCAGCAGUACUGCUUUGCUAUACAGUAAGCGACUGAUAACAUUCCAGUUACGUCAUAUUUUAAAGGCACGUUGUGAUCCUGUCCCAGCUGCCAAUGGAGCAAUACGCUUCCAUUGUGACCCUACGUUCUGGGCAAAGAACGUCGUCAAUUUAGGUAACCUUGUCAUUGAAAAUAAACCAACUCCUAGUUACACUCCUAAUGUAGUGGUUGGACAAGCUCCUCCAGGAACAAACCAUGUCAGCAAAACUCCAGGACAAAUCAAUCUAGCACAGCUUCGACUUCAGCAUAUGCAGCAGCAAGUGUAUGCACAAAAGCAUCAACAACUGCAGCAGAUGAGAAUGGGGCAGCCAACCAGCUCAGUUCCCAGGCAGACGAGUCCACAAGUCUUACAGCAGCAGCCUCCCAGGUUGAUCAGCAUGCAGACCAUGCAGAGGGGUAACAUGAACUGUGGGGCUUUCCAAGCACAUCAGAUGAGAAUGGCUCAGAAUGCUGCUCGUAUACCAGGAAUACCACGCCACAAUGGACCACAAUACUCCAUGAUGCAACCUCACCUUCAAAGACAACAUUCUAACCCUGGUCACGCGGGGCCUUUUCCAGUUGUUUCCGUGCACAACACCACUAUUAACCCAACUAGUCCUACCACCGCAACAAUGGCGAGUGCGAACCGUGGCCCGACAAGUCCGUCCGUUGCAGCAAUUGAACUCAUUCCUUCUGUAACAAACCCAGAGAAUUUACCUUCCCUGCCGGAUAUCCCACCCAUCCAGCUUGAAGAUGCUGGUUCAAGUAAUUUAGAUAACCUUCUAAGUAGAUAUAUUACAGGCAGCCACCUACCCCCACAACCUACGAGUACCAUGAAUCCCUCCCCAGGACCUUCAGCUCUAUCUCCAGGGUCAUCAGGUUUAUCCAACUCCCACACUCCUGUGAGGCCACCUAGUACCUCCAGUACAGGUAGCAGAGGCAGCUGUGGCUCCUCAGGCAGAACUGCUGAGAAAACAAGUGUUAACUUCAAGUCUGACCAAGUGAAAGUCAAGCAAGAGCCAGGGACGGAGGAAGAGAUAUGCAGUUUCUCAGGAACAGUGAAACAGGAGAAAACAGAGGAUGGCAGAAGGAGUGCUUGCAUGCUUAGCAGUCCUGAGAGCAGCUUGACGCCACCACUAUCCACUAACUUGCAUCUGGAAAGUGAAUUAGAAGCAUUAGGAAGUCUUGAAAAUCAUGUAAAAACUGAACCAGCAGAUUUAAGUGAAAGUUGCAAACAGUCUGGACAUAGCCUUGUAAAUGGGAGAUCCCCAGUGCGGAGUCUAAUGCACCGAUCAGCUAGAAUUGGAGGAGAAGGCAAUAACAAAGAUGAUGAUCCAAACGAAGACUGGUGUGCUGUAUGCCAAAACGGAGGGGAUCUGUUAUGUUGUGAAAAGUGCCCAAAGGUGUUUCACCUGACUUGUCAUGUCCCGACUCUCCUCAGCUUUCCAAGCGGAGAGUGGAUAUGUACAUUCUGCAGAGAUCUCAGCAAACCAGAAGUAGAAUAUGAUUGUGACAAUUCACAACACAACAAGAAAGGGAAAACAGCACAAGGCCUGAGUCCUGUGGACCAAAGGAAAUGUGAACGUCUCCUGCUUUACCUGUAUUGUCAUGAGCUGAGUAUUGAAUUUCAAGAGCCAGUCCCAGCCUCGAUACCAAACUACUAUAAAAUUAUAAAGAAACCGAUGGAUUUAUCUACAGUGAAAAAGAAACUGCAAAAGAAGCAUUCCCAACACUACCAGACUCCUGAGGAUUUUGUGGCAGAUGUCCGGUUGAUCUUCAAGAACUGUGAAAGGUUUAAUGAAAUGAUGAAAGUUGUUCAAGUUUAUGCAGAAACACAAGAGAUUAAUUUGAAGGCUGAUUCAGAAGUAGCACAGGCAGGGAAGGCAGUUGCAUUAUACUUUGAAGAUAAACUUACAGAGAUCUACCCAGACAGGACCUUCCAGCCUUUGCCAGAAUUUGAACAGGAAGAAGACGAUGGUGAAAUAACUGAGGACUCCGAUGAAGAUUUUAUACAGCCACGUAGAAAACGCCUAAAAUCAGAUGAGAGACCAGUGCAUAUAAAGUAAUCUAAUGAUACGGACUUAAAAUUUAUUGUAAAAACUGUUAUUUAAGUGUUCCUGGAAUAUUAUCAUGCCUACAGUGGCCAUCUUGAAGAAGCUGAUAGCUUUUUAGACAGUAUUAGAUUGCAAAAAACACUUGUACAGAAAAAAGCAUUCUCAUCAAAAGGGGAAAAAAAUGUAUUGUAAAUUUUUUGUGGGUAUUUUUUUUUUCCCCCUUCAUUAUUUGCUAUAUUCUUUCUUUUCCUGAUGGAGGGGACGCACUCGUCCUGGUCUCACAGAUAGAGGUGGAUGAAUGUUGAAGAGAAGCAGUUUUGAUAAGAGAUGUUCCAUGUACAGAUAAGACUGCUUAGUACAGUGUUCUGCGGGACUGGACCGAUACGGUUGCAGUUCUCUUGCAUUCAUGCUAGACUGCAGUGUGAACUGUCAGCACUGUUCCUGACAUCCCCUCUUUGUGUGAACUUGUGUCGCGUUAGUCGUUGCUUUUGUCAUCUCGUUUAAGUGGUAUUGUGAAUAACUGGUCUUCUGUGUUGAUCCCAUUAUCUAAAUUUGACUUUAUACGUUUUAUGUAUA